AUGGCAAAGCUGCUUCUGGUUUUUGCUCUUGUGGUCCUAGCCAUUGCAUUAACAUGCACAGCAACGGUGUACACUGUUGGCGGUAGCUCCGGCUGGGAUGUAAGUUCUGAUCUUGAUACAUGGGCGAAGGGCAAGCGAUUCGUCACUGGAGAUGUUCUAUUAUUCCAAUACUCUUCAUACAACACUGUGGAUGACGUAACAAAAGAAAGUUACCAGGGGUGCAAUACAACCAAUGCAAUACAAUCAAGCAAUAAUGGGAACACUACAUAUACCUUGUCAUCUCCUGGAGACAGAUACUUUAUUGCUGGUAACAAACUAUACUGCCUUGGAGGAAUGAAGCUUCAUGUAACUGUGGAAGCAGAUCAAGUGGCAUCGCCGGCCAGUGCGCCUGAGCCCGGGGAUUCUCUUCCUACUCCUACUUCCGAGAACAACAACCCUUCUAUUUUUAGUUCAGCUGUGGCUAUCCAUGGUGGAACCUAUUCUAUUCUCUUUGUGUUUCUUGGUUUCAUGGUUGCUAUACCUUGGGUGAUGUAGAUUUGAC